GAAUUUUUAUGAAAGGCAAAAGAACCGAACCAAAUUUGUUUACUGUCCAAAACUUUAUCGUAGUCACGUCGCAAAUUAUGCCGGACAUUGAGGACAUAAAGCAAAAAGAACACAAAUUCUUUGCCUUCACCUAAUGAACAUUAUUUUUAUGAGCAAAUACAAUCCGUAAAAUUUUGCAUUGCAGAAACAUUGGUUGGGUUGAAAAAUAUAUCGCAUAUUGCAUGACGCAUUAUUCAGGAAAAAGCUUUAUUACAUCGAAUACAAAUUCAAAGUUAGGAAAAAAGUGAAUAAUGAAGACGGCGUCGUUUGAACACGUGCUGGAGCAGGUGGGUUCACAAGGACGUCACCAGAAGCUGUUGAUUUGGCUGUAUGUGCUGCCACUUAAUUUCUUCAUCCCCUGGAUGGUACUCACUCCGAUCUUCCUGUCAUCCACACCCGCUUACCACUGCGCUCCUCCACCUCAUGAUGCCGAGCCACCCUUCGGUGAUCACGUCUCCAGGGCUUCCAUCACACACCUCAACUCCUCGGCUGGUGAUAACUUCACCGAGGAGGUCUGGUGGUCCGUAGCCAUACCAAAGAAAGAUGGGAAGACAGAGCAAUGCAGACAGUACAACAUGAGUUGGUCCGACAUCGCUGGCUUAGCAAGCGUGCCUGCUAACACAAAUUUUUCGCUGCACAUCAGUGACAACUACGGAAUUGUUGAUUGUCAGCACGGCAAACAGUACGACCAGAGCGACUUCAAGGAAACCCUGCCGAUGUCCCUGGGUUGGGUGUGCGACUCUGAGCACUUCACCGCCAUGUGGUUGUCCGUGGGUCUCGCUGGCAACGUCAUCGGUACACUCGCCUUUACAUCACUUGCUGAUAUAUUCGGUCGGCGGCCGCUGCUUGCGAUCACGUCACUAGUGUGCGCGGUGUUCGGCUGUGCGAAGAUCUACGCAACUAGCACCUGGACUGCCAUGCUGGCGCAGUUUGUGGCCUCAAUGCCCUUUCCAGCUAUCCUGGAGCUCUCUCUAAUCAUCAUUUACGAGCAAGUGUCGGGUGAUCAGCGGUCAUUCAUCACGUCUGCCAGCUUCGUGAUGUGGACGCUGGGAAGUUCUCUCCUGCCUCUCGUAGCAUGGCUUGCUGGCACAUGGCGGCUUUUGUGUCUCAUAACGUCGCUACCGUUCUUUCUCUUCGUUGCCGCUUACUGGGUGCUGCCCGAGUCCCCAAGUUGGCUGUUGUCUAGAGGUAAAGCGACUGAGACCGUAGAACUGCUCUCCACCAUCGCACGUCGGAAUGGCAAGACCGUGCCCAAAGAUUUAGAGGACCAAGUAACUUUGCUGUGCGGGCAAGGCAAGCAACAUCACGGCCCCUUGCAGCUUUUCUACACACCGUUAGUUCGAAAACGAACCCUUCUCCUCACCGCAUGCUACACCUGUAACAACCUGUUCUACUAUGGGCUUACAUACAACAUCGACAAUAUGAGUGGAAAUCAAUUCCUCAACUUCUUCUUAUUCUCCAUCACGGAGUUGCCGGCGAACUUCUUGGGCGGAUGGAUGGUUGAGGUCCUGGGGCGGCGUUGGAGUCAAUCCUCUUGCUUCUUCCUGGCAUCGGCUUGUGCCUUAGCUUCGUUGCCUUUCAUUGGUACGUCCACGUGGAUUACAACCGUCAUGCUGACCAUAAGCAAGCUGUUCGUGACUAUAAGUUUUCUGGUGAUCUACAUUCAGUGUGCCGAGAUCUACCCAACUUCACAUCGAAGCACGGGCACGGGCCUCUCCAGCCUAGUAUCAAGCUGUUUCGGCACCACGGGUCCCUACAUUGCUGUUACGAGUAAGAUAUGGGGAGGCCUCCCAUACCUAAUCCUUGCAACGAUUGGAGUGGCGGGUGUAUUGGUUUCCUCACUUCUACCGGAAACUCUCGGUCAAGACUUACCUCAGACGCUGGAUGAUGCUGAAAAUUAUCUUACCGACGAAGAAUACUUCAGUUUUAAAGGGAAGGCGCCUUGUGGUAUUCGUAAGCGGAAGAAGUCGUCUUUCCGGCCGAAACCGGCUGACCAAUCAGCCAACGACACCGGAGUAACGGAGGCACUGAACUCACGCGGUCCAGUGACCAGCAUGGACGACUAUCAUGUUAAUUCUGAUAAGCUACAUUCUUCAACAAUGGCUAUUCUACCCGAUGAAAUGAACGACUUACCUUGAGUUAAAGCGAAGGAAAAAAUUCGUUGAACGAGUCAGCGAAAUGCCCUUUUAGGCACUGAUAUUGGUCGAUAUGAAUCAUUAGUUGGUGAGUUUAACGUGUUUGCUAUACCAUUUGAGCAUCUAAAGGUGUGGAGGAAAAGCACUGGUAUUUAGCGUAAUUAUUGGAUAGAACCUACUGCUUUCAAUUACAUAGUGAUAUAGAGCGAUAACUAAGUUUGCCCUCAUUUCCCACAAAAAAAAACUCCUUCACGACAUUCAAAUUAGAACGUCUUGCGAGUUUAUAACCUCCGCAAUUGGCGAGUUUUUCAGCGGUGCGAACAUCUUUGUAAAUCGUCACAUUGUUUACCAACGGAAGUUUCCAAAUAUUUGAUCUGAAAAACACUAAAGUAACCUAAAUUAACGCUAAUUAUUCAGACUGCAAAGUUGAACAGAUUUUAAUCCUUCAAACCGAAGAAAUGCUAACUUGCCACUGCACAAAUUACAAUACAGUAUCGUGACUACUAGUUUACAAAAACGCAUUCGAAUUUUCGCCUAUACCUGAUCAUUAAAUAAGUCUUGUGUAAUUAGAGUUUAGAAGUGAAUUAUUUAAC